UCCCGCAACGAAGCAAUCGAUUCAGACUCAGACACUUUGUACACCACUCCGCCUCGUCCCAUCUGCUGCUGCUUGCGCCGCCAAGCCAGCCCAUCGCAAGAUGUCGACAUCCAUCUCGACAUCGUCCUUGCAAUCGGAAAUGCCGGUCAUGUCGGAUUCGACCGUCGAUAUGAUCCUGGCCACCCGGCCCUUGGUGGACAACGAGAUCGACCCGGGGUUGUUGGAAAGUUCCUUUGUCUUGCCGACUCAUGGGCAUGGAGGACAGCAAGCACAGGGACCAGGACAUGAGCAGGGACAAGCUUCAAGGCAGGGUGGGGUGACGGCGGAGGAGGAGGAUGGGGCACUUCGGAUACCGAAGACGAGCUCGAAUACGACCACCUCCGCAUCCACACCUGCUGCUGGAAGGGGAACAAAGAUCUCCACCAGGCUGCAGCAACAUGAAAGACAAGAUACGGACGUCGUGGAAGAACCCGUCAAGUUCGUCCUCCUCGCCGAGUUUGAUAUCGAUCAAGGAGCCACCUUGACGCACCAGUAUCCAUUCCCUACGGGAACGGAUGAACACACCUUGGCAGAACUCAUGCUCCCCGACGGGGCCCACUUAAGACCAGAAGAUUGGACGAUCUUCUAUCUGAAUCAGACGAAGAGGAACGCCGUAGCGCCCGUCUUAGCCUCGGAAUCUCCUUCUUCUGCGACGGCUUCAGCACCUCUGGGCUCGGGCACAAGUUCAGGUGUCAAUGCGAACACAGGUGCAGGCACACACGUAGGGGCAACAAGGGGGGAAGAAGGGAAAGAAGAAGAAUUGGGGGAGCUUCUGUUCGUCCUGAAUUGCGUGAGGAUGAAGGAGGAUAAGAGCGUCAGACGGGGAGCUAUGGUCAAGGCGUUGGCUAUCUGUACUACGAAGCCGUACAUCCAGAUUUACAAGCCUUUACUCUUGCUCGCUCUGGAAGAAUACUAUCAAUCCUCUUCCCCGCAAGUCCUGGCGAAACUGUUCGACUCGCUCAACAACGUCUCUCUUCGAGGUUGUCCGACGUUGUCCAGGGCCGAACGGAUCAUCUUGAGAAAUUCGGAGAGGAAAGAUCUGUUCGCCGAAAAGUUCACUAGUCCGGGCUCAGGACUUGGAUUGGGGCUUGGAGGGAAUGUUAACGGAGCGUCGGGAGGCGUGGAGGGAGAUACGGGGGAAGCAGGCGGGAUGGAGGAUCUGGACGUCUUUGAGCCGGAUUGGGUACCGGAAGGACUGGGCUCGACGCUCAACGCUUCGUCGACUUCGGGUCCAGGCGGUGGAGUGACCAUCCACAACGGCGGCUCUGGCUCUACCUCUGGCUCUGGAUCAGGGCUCAGUAUGAGGAAAUCGUUCAAGAGCACUUUGACGAGAUUGUCUGAUGGCGGCGGGAGGCGGAUGAGAAAGACGUCGAGGUCGUCCUUGUUGGGCGACAAGGAGGUGGGAAUGGGCUCGGAAUCGUCCGGCAGACCGGGAAGCAGUCGAGCGGCCAGUCCAUCGACAAAUACGAAUCAGGCGCAGAUACAGCAACAACAGCAAAAUCAGCAAUAUCGUGGUUUGGGGAUCGGGCGGCCCGAGUUGGAUGCUGGGGGGACGGUCAGGAAGGCGGUGGGGCCGAAGGAUACGCAUUAUUUCGAUACUGUGGCCGAGUAUAGCGGAUUGAGUAUACCAAUCAGGGUCCCGCUCUCCAUAUUUCCGGAAGAGGUCGGCGAUUACUCGAUCAUUCAGCUCAUCCAGACGUUUACGCCUUCCGUGCCCGUACCGUUCGCCCCACCGUUUCACCCUCAAUUGCAUACCGCGGGCGCAUUCACACAUCCUAUCAUCCUCUUGCUCAACGCGCUACUGACCCAGAAGAGGAUCAUCUUCCUGGGUCAUGGACAACCAGCGGGACAUGUGGCCAACUUCGUCCUGGCGGCGUGCGCGCUGACGGCACCCGUCCUGCGUGGGUUUGCCGAGAGGGCUUUCCCUUAUUCGAAUCUGGCCGGGCUGGACAUUCUCGAAGAGGUUCCGGGGUACAUAGCAGGUGUAACAAAUCCGCGUUUCGAAGAUCUGCCGCAUACGUGGGAUCUCUUGUGCAACCUCGAGACGGGCAGGAUCACAGUCUCGAAGGGUCUCAUGAACGAUAACAGUGACAGGGAUACGAGCAUGAAGACUCCCACUAGUACCGAGCAGGCCAACUGGGGGAACGACACCGAAAGCUUGUCGGGACAUGCGGGAGGGCCCUCGAACAAGGAGAUGCGAUCGUAUAAUCCUGAUACGCCGGAUAACAUGUUUAUGGAAGAAAUUGUCGCCUCGAUCAACGCUCACUACGGGGAACCCGCCAUUCGCGCCCGUUUCACAGAGUAUAUGAGCAAAUUUGUCCGUAUGGCAGCUCGAUAUGAGGAGGAAUUCUAUGGCCAGACCAGCAUCGGGUACCCUUCACAGCCCUUUCGCGAGUCUUCGCUCGGAGGCGGGUUCAUUUUCCCGGACGAAUCGACAAAGACCAAAGAGUGGUUAACGAAUGCGAAUAGAAUCGAGGGGUGGAGGCGUACUCGGAGCUAUCGAUAUUGGCGAGAGGACUUUCGAACCUGGCUCGACUCGCCAUUCGCGGUUCCUCAGCUGGACGUGCAGCAUCAACUUUCGAGACUCAGGAACGCCAAACCCAUGUCGGAAAGCGAAGCCGCGCUGAUUUACCGAAGCCUCGCUGCCAGUGUGACAACGUACCCACGGAUCGCCGACCUCAUCUCGCAACUACCACACCAUAAUGGGGGCCUGACGCCCAUAGCAUUGGGCUUGUUCCACCCGUCACAGAGCGUUCGAAACGCCGUGCUGGACCUGCUCGAUCGGAUGCAGCAAUACCCGAUUGGCGUUAUCUUCCUGGGGAAAUUGAAUUGUUUCCAGCGACUGGCUUACCAGCGUCUCUCCGAAGAGCGGGAAACGCCAAGAGCCACAGCACCGUGAGAGAAGGUUCGACGCAACAGUUCUUCCGAUUUAAAACAUCAGCGACGCUCUCAGAGUGCUACACGAUCACGUAAUGACAUUGGCCAUGCUGUAUGGAUACAAGGCUUGAAGAAAAAUAUGCGAAGAAGGUAGUUCGAUGUUACAUACACCCGGGCCUAUAGAUGCCAACAUUAGAGCUUUUAUCGUCCCACUGUUAUGUCGGGGAUUGCGAUUUUGUUUCGAUUUGCUUGUACAGAACGGCAAAAGCCGUCGUCGUCGCUUCGUCAGCAUUGGCCCCCUUCGUACUUGGCGAGCCGCGCUUGAACUGAUUUGCAUCAAGGAUGAGACGGUUCAUCAGUCAUGAAAGCCUUGCAAGUAGAUCCACCAGUGAUAAAUGAACUCACGCGCAGCAUUC